UUGGGGGUUGAGUUGACAAGAGAGAGAGAGAACCGAAAAAAAGAAAUCUAGACAUUGGAAGGAAAGCAAAAUACUCAAAGAGACCUUGAGAGUCCGAGACCGAGUUAACUCGCCAGAUUCAGCUGUAGAUCAAAUGGCUGGGGUUAUGCAGAAGUUCCUAGUUGCAUCAAUGUUCAUGUGGAUGCUUCCUAUUGCCAUCUUAUACGCUUUCAACCAUGAUUUGCUCCCUGGUUCGACAACAUUGUCCCCACACUCUCUUACACUUCUAAGUGGAUUUCUUGCGGUGGUAUCAGUCAAUGUAGUGAUUGUGUUCUACAUCUGUCUGGCCCUGAAAGAACCUGUGGAUAAACACAAGCCAGACGCUUCGUUUGUCGCAGAGGCCAAAGAUAGUGUGAAGAAACUGACAUCAGGAUCAGGAGUCCCAAGCACUGACCCGGCACUUAAGAAACAAGAGUAAGAGGUUACCACAUCCCAUUUUCCUUAAAACAAGGAACAGCGCUGAUGUUGCAUCUGAUGGCGAGCAUGUUUCAGGUUCUUGAAAUGUAUUUCCUAUAAUUUGUAGAAAUUCUUGGCUGGUAGAUUAUCCUCUGUUGUGACAUUUGAUGGUUUUGGGGUUUGGUUUUAAGCAAAAGAAACUGCAAUGUUCAUGUUGAACGGAUACGAUAGCUAAUGUUUUAGGGACAAAACUGUGUUUCCAGUUGGUGUUCCUUCAUUGCAAGGAUGCUAAGCGAAUUUUACGGUUACAAUUGUUUACUUGUAAA